AUGUCUCUUAAACACGGGGAUCUGGAGCUACUGUGUAGCCUGAUCGAUGGGGACAAUUCAAAUGCUACCGAAUAUUGUCAAAGUAUUCUUCAUAAGGUCCACAAUGUCAGUCUUAUUGAAGAAGCCAAGCUGCUGAAGAAGUCAAGACCUGAAGCUGUCUAUGGUUAGUAGUUUUGUUUUAAUAUUUUACAGUUUAGUUUAAGGAAUUGAGUUGUACUUCUUGUUUUGUGGGCUUAAAUUAAAAAUUUUGAGUAGCUACUUUAUGAGUUUAAUUAAUUUUGAUCUACAAUUGCUAUAAUUGUAGUUAUAUGCUAAUGUUUUAAAUUUUAGUAUGGGGUCUUGGCAUGACAUUCGUAACCUUGAUCAGCUUAUGUGCCAUGGUUGGAAUCUUGUUCAUGAGAUACUUGAAGAAGAGCAUCUUCAACAAGUUUAUCACGUUCUUUGUCAGCUUAGGGGUUGGAUCUCUCAGUGGAUCUGCUGUUUUCCAUCUUCUCCCUCAGGCUUUUGGACUAGUUGAAGAGUUUAACCCAAAUGCUAACCAUGACUAUCUUUAUAAGGCAUUUGCAGCCAUAUUUGGAAUAUACUUGUUCUUCUUUUGUGAUAAGGCGAUCAAGAUUAUACUGGAGACAAGAAAGGUACGUUAAUAUGGUAGUUGAUAUUUGCGUUUAGAAAAGACGGGCUGAAAUCGAAAUGACAACUAAAAAUGGAGGAAAGUACGAGCAUGUUCACGAAGCCCACUCUGGUAGAUCGUCAGAUGCGUUGAUCAUAAAUGGAAAGGCUCACAAUACAACAGAGAAACAUUUGGCUCAUAUGUUCAGACAAGACAGCGAAGCUGAUGAUAGUAUGCAUAGACAAGUGAGUUCAGUUAAUUAAAGGAAAUUAAAUUCAAAUUGAGUAAUGUUUUUAAAUUUUAAUAAUUGAAAUUUGCUUUGUGUAGGAGUCUAUUAAUAUUAUUUCAGGCCCAUGCUGUCUGUGUCCACGAUCACGACAUGGAGUACAAACAAGGAGAUUCUGUAAUUGCCACAGUAGCCUGGAUGAUUAUCUUUGGAGACGGGCUACACAAUUUGAUCGACGGUAUCAGCAUUGGAGCUGCAUUUUCAGAAUCCAUCCUAUCUGGAGUCAGCGUGUCAGUUGCCGUGUUGUGCGAGGAGUUCCCUCAUGAACUAGGUGACGUAGCCAUUUUGGUGUCAGCUGGAAUGACUCUGCGACAAGCCCUGGUCUACAACCUUUUGAGUGCUUUGUCGUGCUACGUUGGCUUCUUUAUUGGAGUGCUUUUGGGUAACCUGGACGAUUCUUUUGCAUCGUACGCAUUCGGAUUUGCUGGUGGAAUGUUCUUGUACAUUGCUUUGGCUUGUAUGAUGCCAGAGAUGAAGAACGCAAUGGAAGAAGCCCUCAACAUAUCUUUGUCUUACAGUCUGGAAGUACUGUUCUUCCAGGCGUCGGGUAUGAUCUGCGGCCUCUUCCUGAUGGUUUGUAUGGCCAGAUACGGAAGCCAAAUCUCAUUUGAGUCGACAUGA